AUGACGCUUAUGAAAAGUUUGCUUCUUAUUAAUAUUAUUUUUAUUUCGCAAACUAUUGAAGAUCAACUAUCGGAAAAUGUUAAAUUAAAUGUAGCAGACAGUUGGUGUUGUAAAAUCGAGCCUCCAAUCGAAACAAUAUCACAAACUCGACAAAUAACAUAUUAUGUACUUCGACAUGAACGCCACAAAUGUGGAUACUACGGAUGUGGUGUUCUCAAUUUGGGCCGAUGUACUAAAUGGUGUUCAGAAACUUGGACUGAAGCGGUAGAUGGUGUUGAAAAUUAUUUAGUGAAUAAAACUCUUCCUUGUCCUAAGAAUCAACGUCAAUGUUGUCCUAAUCAUAUUUUUAUUAUGGGCCAUUGUCUGUCAUUUGCAGAAGUUCAUGAUAAUCAAAAUUUAUUAAUGGAAUUGAAUGAAUUAAACAUUGUUAUGUCAGGUCCUAUCGACAUUUGA